AAGAAGCAGCAGGGAUAUUAACCUACUAGUGUUUUUACUCUCCAAAGACCCAACUGAUACUCAGAAUGCACAGGUGUGUCGGCGGAGUUUGUGUGUCUCUAAUUGUGUGCGCGUUUCUUACGGAAACACUCGGAAUGGUGAUUGCGGCAAAAGAGAAGAGAGGAUGGACCCUCAACAGUGCUGGGUAUCUCCUCGGUCCUCAUGCCAUAGACAGCCACAGGAGCCUUAGCGACAAGCAUGGACUGGCAGGCAAGAGAGAAAUGCCCAUAGAGGAAGAUUUCAAGACAGCAGCUCUGAGGAUAUCAGAUGAGGAUGUUGUCUAUACUAUCAUAGACUUUCUUUCUUAUCUCAAAUUAAAAGAAAUGGGAGCUCUCGACAGUCUGCCUUCCUCUCUCACGUCGGAGGAAAUAAGUCAACCCUAAUUUUGACCGAAUCCAGCAUUGACACACCGUGACCUCCACCGCGCCUGGCUGAAAUCGCUCUCAGAGGCUGUAUUAACGUUCAAAGUCUUCUCCACCACGCUAACCUGUCAAUAUUACCACGUAACUUUAAUCUGUCAGAAUCACUUGACGGCUGAUGUGGAGAUGGAUUCAAAAAAUAAAACUCAUAAAUGGCAUUCGACUCACCUUAUUGCCUGUCUUAUUAUCUUUUAUUUUAUAUUCAUAGAAAAGGCAAUAUCCAUGACAGACUAUUACUUUUUUAUUUUCAAAGUAUAAACACACCCAUGUAACCUUUCAUAACAAUUCAAUUCUUCUAAGACCUAAGGUUACUUCACUAUUUUACUUCUUGAUUCGUACAUACAGGUGGAAACAUGAAUAAUUUAUACUGCAGGCUGUUCUUCCGGUCUUAGCUUCUCAGCGGUCAUCUGGCACUCGGACAAUAUG